UCAGUGUGCCAAAGUCGCGAGUCGCACGCGCAGUUCACUCCGCGGCGCAGACACGAACGCGCGCGCACUUUUCGUUCAUUUCCUUUGUUAGCGUUUUAAGGAAAAUGCCAGCGCCGGACUACAGCGUGGAGCUGGAGCUGGGUGAGCCUGCAGAGCAGCUGCUGGAACACGCUCGUCUACACUGUGGCGAGGAUGACAGCACGCGAUUGCAGGCCAUCUACGAACUCAGAGACAUCAUUUAUGAACGUGGCGAGUGUGACCCCCAUCGUAUGGACGACGAGUUUUUAAUAAGAUUUUUGCGAGCUAGAAAUUUCAUACCACAAAGAGCUCACAGACUGAUGGUGAAUUAUUACCGUUUCAAGCAGGAAAAUUCAGAGUUAUUUGAAGAUGUGUAUCCAUUGAAACUUCGCCACGUAGGGGACUCGAACGUCAUCGCCGUACCUCCAUACCACGACCAGAAUGGACGAAGAUUACUUAUCUACAGAAUUGGCUGCUGGGAUCCUAAAGCUGUUCCAAUAGACGACUUAUUUAGAGCCACUAUCUUGGCUAUGGAGCUAGGAAUGCUGGAGCAACGCAACCAAAUCCUGGGUGGUCUGGCGAUCUUCGACUUAGCAGAUAUCGGCACGCAGCAAGCGUGGCAGAUCACACCCUCAAUAGCUAACAAGAUUGUCAGGCUACUAGUGUCUUGUUCCCCUGCAACGACGCACGCCAUCCACAUCAUCAACCACUCAUGGCUGUUCGACAAGAUGUACAACAUGUUCAAGCCAUUGCUCAACUCGACAAUGCGGUCGAAGAUUUUUUUCCACGGGUACGACGUGAAAUCUCUUCACCAGCACAUCCAUCCGGAUCACUUGCCGGAGAGGUAUGGCGGAGUAUGGCCAGACUACUCUUACACAAUCUGGUUGGAUUCAUUGAAAAAUAACUAUGCAGUUGCCAAAGAAAUGAUCUCGUGCGGCUAUAAGUUCCACGAAGAGGAACUAUCCCCUGAAGUUGUUAAGAGAUUAAAGGAAGAUGAUGUUAGGCUAUCGUGAAAGUUGCCUAAAUCUGUUAGUUAUAAAAAAAUCUUCAACUGUUAUUAAGGAAGACAAUGGCUUAGGAUAUUUUUUAUAAUCGGUUAAUUUAAA